GCGAGCGCCUGGCAUACUCUCAUAGGUUAACUCUGCUUGUACAGUGGAAUCCUGCUCGCGCGCAGCGGGCUUCUGCUCGCGGAGUGCUGUUUUGCUCGCGCAGUGGAUUUCUCCUCGCUCAGCUGAUUUCUGCUCCCUCGAGUCUAGAUGACUUUUGACAAUUUGGGGGCGGAAACCAAGGAGGGCACUGACUCUCUUAUGAUUGGUCACUUUCAUCGUAAUCACACCCACAGGGACAUCCUUGUACCUUGAUUGACAGCUCUCAUUACAGGAAGCACGGAGUUGGGUUAAGUUACCACCGAAGAAGAAGGACAUUGUUUUCACAUGUAAAAGGGCUAUUCUUAUUGACGCUGAUUUAAUGCGUUUGAUUUUGCAGGCUAACCUUGUCCCUUAUUGUAUUUUUGUGUGGAUCCAGCUCAUCUUGCCGUUUAUAGAUGUAAGAGAAAAUGGCAGACGCAAAAGAGGAGGACGAUUUGCGCAAUAUGGCCCUCAAUUUGGUGGCCAGGCUGAGAGCUACACUGAAUAAUCCAACACCAAACAUUCAGGGACAGUGCAAUGCACAGUCAAGCUCAGCCAGGGUAUCCAGGCAGGACACAUCCCAGGAACCACAAGAGCACAAUGCGGUGCGUGGACCUGCACAGGCACCUUCAGGGACUGCAGUUCAAAAGAAUAUGGCUAGGUGUUUCCCUGGACUAUUUAAAGAUAAGCAGAAAUGUAGGCCUCCUUCGCGAUUGUCUAAAAAAAGGUCAGGCACCAAAACAACGCCAAUCCAAUUCUUUCUUCUGGACAGCCCAACAGAGAGAACCCCCAAACCAUCUGAUGAGCUAAUGCUUUUACAGGCUGGGUUAGGAAGAAGGACUGUAAAUGUUCCAGAGGAUGCUUGCCAUAAUGAGAUUACACACAUUCUUUCUGAGACGUAUCUGAAGAUGUCAGAACUGGAGGGUGCCUGGAUGCUGCACAAAGCCAUGGGAGGAUCAGGUCAACGGAAACUCAACUUGUUGACACCUGAAGAGGAAGGAUACACAGGGGCCAGCCUUGUGAAGAGCUGGGGAGGCAAGGGCUGUCUCUACAUUAUGCCCAUCCAGAACACACUGGACAUUUCUCCCCUACCCUUCACAGCUCUGGAGUUCCAGGCCAUGCUGAAAGCCCGGUGUGUGUCAUGCCAGGAGUAUGUGCCUCUGCAGCUCCUCGGUCUCCAUGUCAAGACAUGUAUCCAGUCUAAAGUCAAGGUUGAGACCCACUGUGAUAAUGACAUUAUCAACUUGGAUGGCGACAUUAUCAACUUGGAUGACGAAGUGGCAUCUGGUGAUGUGCAGCCAUCACAUUUGGAGAGUAAGGUUGCUUGUCCAUUGUGCAGUCAACUAUUUACAAAAGAUGACAUCUGUGUGCAUGCAAGUGUCUGCGGGGAGAGCAACACAAAUGAGGGAGAUGCAGAUAUUAGUGAGGACACCGAUGAGCACUUCGGCAGCGUAUCAGACAUCCUGAUGUCACUUGAAAGUAAAGUUGACACAUCCCGGUCAUUCAACAUCAAUGUGACAAGAGAGGACCUGUUUCAAAGGGGGCUGAAACAGUGGGCCAGGCAAAAACAGGCCUCCCCAAAGAAUCUACUCAGGGUCUCCUUCAUUGGAGAAAAUGGAAUUGACCAAGGCGCUCUUCGUAAAGAGUUCCUUACCGAAAUGGUGUGUGGAAUUGAAGCACGUUUUUUUGAAGGAGAUGGGGAAAGGGGCAAAAACCCUAAAUACAGUAUCUGUGACUACCAGGACAACAGUUUCAAGACUUGUGGGGAGAUUUUUGCCACAAGUUUGGUGCAGGGGGGUCCUGCACCAAACUUCCUUACAAGAUGGUGCUACCAUUUCUUGUGCCAUGGGGAGAUGGACAAGGAUGUUGGUGUACUCGAAGUCACUGAUCAGGAUAUUAAAAAUCUGAUGACAGAGGUGGAAAAUGCAGAAGGUGGAGAAAGGCUGAUAGACUUAUCAGAUGCGAUUGUGGCAUGUGGCUACACUGGGCCAAUAAAUGUUGACCAAAAAAAGGCCAUCACAGAUGCCAUCGCUUUGCAUGCACUGGUGAGGCUGAUCCCGAUCUUGAACCAGCUGCGUGAGGGAUUGAGGCUCUACGGAUUAGAUGAGGUGUUAGCACAGCACACCCAGAUGUGCCAGCAGCUCUUUGUCCCCGGCCACUUACAGGAAGUGAAUGUAGACUUCCUUCUGCUUGCGCUAUCUCCUGAUUUCAGUGAGGAAGGGUCUGUGAGACGGCAGCGAGAGAUGCAGAUCAUCAAUUUUCUGCAGGAUUUCUUGCAAAAGUUGGAAGACAGAGAAACAGACAGCCAAGAAGAGGGCAGCCCUGAAGGUCAAAGUCACGUGGCAGCUGUGCAUGGAACAAAUGGUUGGGGGAAGCGCCUGUCAGUCCGGAGCUUCCUUCAGUGGGUCACAGGUCAGGCACAUGUUCCACUGAUCGAAUCCAAGAGAGAGGCAUUCAAGAUAACUGUUAAUUUUGAUCAUGACUGCGACACCCGCUAUGGGGCACAUAGCCUUUGUUACCCCAUUGUCAAUGCUUGUGCUGUUGCCAUUACAUUUCCUACACGCCACUUAGCCACCUCCCAAGAAUUUGAAAACAACCUAACCGAGGCAAUCUGUGGUGGUUACGAGUUCAGCAGACACUAAAGUAGCAUUUUAAGGUCCUUGUUACUUGUUUUAGUUACUUGGUAACUUUGUUACCCUUUUUGUGCUUUGUUUCUAUUUUCUACUGUGUACAAACAAGUGUACAACAAAGUUGUUCUAUUGUUAAAAAGAAUAAAUCUAGAGAUUUAACUGUGGUUGUUAUUACCCUUUUUGUGCUUUGUUUCUAUUUUCUACUGUGUACAAACAAGUGUACAACAAAGUUGUUCUAUUGUUAAAAAGAAUAAAUCUAGAGAUUUAACUGUG